GGUGGCACCGCGUUGAAACCGCAGAAUGUACGAGUUCCCUAGUGUCAGCGCCUGAAGCAGGACCCUUGCAGACCACGGACGCAUCAGGGAGUGCAGUGUUGUAUAAGACAGGCCGAGUGCGACCAACCCUUGAUACAUGGAUAAACCAACCACCCCAUUCAUCGCCUCCUUCAUAUCACCCACUACUACCACAGCUCCUGCACCAAGAAAACGCCACUAUGGACGGCUUCAACGUAGCCCAGGCGCCCCCCGAGUACCUUGCCGUCAAGCCCAUUGCGGACCUGUUCGUCGUGGGAAUGGGGAUUGGCUGGGUGAUCAACUACGUGGGCAUGGUGUACAAGUCCUUCAAAGACCAGACCUACGGCAUGGCCAUCAUGCCACUCUGCUGUAACAUUGCGUGGGAGGUAGUCUACGGCAUCAUCUACCCCUCGAAGAGCCUGGUUGAGCAGUCGGUCUUCCUGACAGGUCUCAUCCUCAAUUUCGGCGUCAUGUACGCUGCCAUCAAAUUUGCGCCCAACGAGUGGACCCAUGCCCCCGUUGUUAUGCGCCAUCUGCCGCUUAUAUUUUGUCUUGGCAUGCUGGGCUUCCUCACCGGUCAUAUGGCCCUUGCUGCGGAAAUCGGGCACUCGCUGGCUUACUCCUGGGGCGCUGUCGUCUGCCAGCUGCUGUUGAGUAUCGGCGGCCUUUGCCAGCUGCUGUGUCGUGGUAGCACCCGUGGAGCGUCGUACACGCUAUGGCUCUCCCGCUUUUUGGGCUCGUCCUGUACCGUGGUUUUUGCGGGCCUUCGUUGGAAGUACUGGAACAGCGCGUUUGGUUGGCUCAAUAGCCCCUUGGUCUUGUGGAGUCUGGCCACCUUUUUGCUAGUCGAUGGGUCGUACGGAGUGUGCUUUUGGUAUGUUCGACAUUACGAGAAGUCUCUGGAGGAGGAGCCGAGCAAGAAGUCCAUGUGAGGGAGGGGCGGAUGCCGGCAGCGAGGGGGGGGCCCCCGCGUGGCUGGAUAUUGACAUUUGUGUCCCCCGUAUGUGUGAGUGGAGC